AUGGCCGACGGCUUCGCAGCAGCAGACAAGUCCAAACCAUUCAUCGCAAACAACAGCCUUGCCAAAGACCGGGGCUACAGAGAUGGACUCCCAACAGCAACCUGUCUCUGCGGCGGCGUGCAAUUAGCCUUCCCCGUCGAAGGGCCCGGCCUAAUCAACACCUUCGUCUGCAACUGCACCGACUGCCGCAAACUCACCGCCUCCAUGUUCGCAUCCAACUUCGCCAUCGAUGACAAGUACCUAGUGCACGUGCGCGGCCGCGACAAUCUCAAGUCGUGGUAUAAUCCCGUCACGCCCGUGCGCCACGAGGGCUCCAUGACAGACUACUUCUGCAGCACGUGCGGGACCCUCAUGUACCGCGUCAGCUCGGCGUUUCCCAAUGUGCCUAUUUUGCGGAUUGGCUCGGUGGACGAUUUGAGUUUGCAUGAGACGAAGCUGAAGCCGCAGUGGGAGCAGUUUACGAAGGAUCGCGUGAGCUGGUUUGGGGGUGUUAGUGGGGGUGAUGUUAGAAAGAUUGAGGGCAAUUCGAAGACGUAUACGCUUUCUGGGGGAUAG